AUGGGCAGGGCAGGGCCCGCUGACCACUGUGUCUCCGCAGAGGCUGUGGAGGCCUGCGUCCUGCACGGGCUUCGGCGGCGGGCGGCUGGCUUCCUGCGGAGCAGUAAGAUCGCGGCUCUGUUCAUGAAAGUGGGCAAGAGCUUCCCACUGGCUGAGGAUCUGAGCCACAAGGUGCAGGACCUGCAGCAGCUGAUCGAGAGCGCGCGAAACCAGAUCCAGGGCCUCCAGGAGAAUGUGCGGAAGCUGCCGAAGCUGCCCAACCUGUCCGCGCUCGCCAUCAAGCACCUGUGGGUCCGCACCGCCUUGUUUGAGAAGGUCCUGGACAAAAUUGUGCAUUACCUUGUGGAAAACAGCAGAUCUUUUUGUUUUGUGUCUCAAGUGGCCCCCGACCUCUUGGGCAGCGCUUCCCCUGCCUCCGUGGGCCCUGCCUGGACGAUGGUUCCUGUAGGCCGGUCCAUGCUGGUGGUGGACAGGGGGAGUCAGUGGGCACAAGCCAGAUGGGACGCCACCCUCCCCACACCAGGCCUGAAGGAGCAGCCCCCCAUCCCCCAGGAUCUUAUGGAUGUCUCCGUGAGCAACCUCCCAUCCCUAUGGCAACCUAGCCCCCGGAAAUCCUCCUGCUCAUCCUGUUCACAGAGCGGAUCGGCCGAUGGCAGCUCAACCAACGGCUGCAACCACGAGAGGGCUCCCCUGAAACUUCUCUGUGACAAUAUGAAGUACCAGAUCCUUUCCAGAGCCUUCUAUGGAUGGCUUGCCUACUGCAGACACCUGUCCACCGUGAGGACCCACCUGUCAGCCCUGGUCAAUCACAUGAUCGUGUCUCCAGACUUGUCCUGUGAUGCCGGACAGGGGCUGACGGCCAGGAUCUGGGAGCAGUACCUUCAGGACAGCACAGUGGACGAGCAGAUUCAUGCCUGCUACGCGCAGACCAUGGCCGAGUGGCUGGGCUGCGAGGCGAUCGUGCGGCAGAGGGAGCGGGAGUCCCACGCUGCAGCCCUGGCCAAAUGCUCCUCAGGGGCCAGCCUGGACAGCCACCUGCACCGGAUGAUGCACAGGGACUCCACUAUCAGCAACGAGGUGAUGGCAAGCUGCAGCUCUGGCCACCAGAACAUCCGCCUGCACAGCGACUCCAGCAGCAGCACACAGGUGUUCGAGUCCGUGGAUGAAGUGGAGCAGGUGGAGGCUGAAGGCAGGUUGGAAGAGAAACAGCCCAAGAUCCCGAAUGGGAACCUGGUGAACGGCACGUGCUCUCCGGACUCUGGUCAUCCCUUCUCCCAUAACUUCUCCUCGGGCCUCUCGGAGCACUCGGAGCCCAGUCUGAGCACGGAAGACAGCGUCCUGGAUGCCCAGCGGAAUGUUCCCCCGGUGCGGCAACCCAGGGGCAGCAGCAUGGAUGACAGGCAGAGCAGCGAGGCCACCACUUCCCAGGACGAGGGCCCCCGUGAGGAGCUGGCCAUGCAGGACAGCCUGGAGAGCGACCUCCUCGCCAACGAGAGCAUGGACGAGUUCAUGUCCAUCACUGGCAGCAUGGACGCGGCCCUGCCUGAAAAGGACGAUGCCGUGAUGGAGGGCUGGCGGGGCAGCGAGGCGGAGAAACGUAGCCAGGUGGACAGUGAGGACAACCUCUCAGAGGAGCCUGAGAUGGAAAGUCUCUUCCCUGCCCUGGCUUCUCUGGCCGUGACCACUUCCGCCAACAACGAAGUGUCCCCUGUGUCUUCCAGCCGCGUCACCUACUGUCCGAAGCUGCUAGACCUAAAGACGGUGAAUCUGCAUCGCAUCGAGAAGAACAUGCAGAGGUGCGACUGCAACUGCUGGUACUUCACAUGCGCCAACUUGGAGAAGCUGCGCAACAUCAUGUGCAGGUGGCUGGGAGUGGGGGAGGGGACCUCUGCCAAGAUCUAA